AGUCACAUGACGAGUCGCUUCGCCGCCGUCGCCUCCCGAUCCUUCCGCACCUCAGUUUUUAAAAUAAAAAUAAAAACAAAACCCUCCGGUUUUACAUCGCCGGCUUGGGCUGCCUCGGCCUUCGGUCGCCCCGCUGCCCACCCCCCUCGGCGCGCCCUCUUCCUCGGAGAGAGAGGAGGAACGGCGCCUCCCCCCGGACUACUUUGUUUUGGUGUCAACACGGCACGCCAGCGGCGCAGCCCUUGCGCCGGUCGCGUUCGUGAAUCCCAUUUGACGUAACGCUUGGACGCCACACCGGGGGCCGCGAGGGAGGUUCGCGGACGGGGCCGGCCCCUGGGCGGCGACGGGACCUCACGACCGGGCGGGUGAGGGGCUGGGGAAGGCCGGCGGGGCUUGAAGCGCCCGCCGCCUUCCGCUACGCCGCCAGCGCCAGCUGCCCCCUCUCUGCCGCAAACUGCGCCACCUGCGUGGAAAUGGCGCCCUCACAGCUACGCGACUAGCGCAGGGCGGGCUGUGGCGGCGCCUCCUCCGCGGGCCUAGCGCCCUCGCUCGGGGAAAAGCGGAGGCCGCACAGCCUCCCUCAGUUUCUGAGGCGGCGGCGGCGGCUUCUCCUCCCCCACCUUCCAACGGACGCUCGCGCGAGGAGCGGAGCCGCCAACGGCUUUCCGUAUUCUCGCUCUCCGCUUGCGCCGCCGGCGUGGCUCGGCGCCGCCUCCCAGGGCAGCGCCUACGCCUCUGGCGCAGCGGUUGGCGGAAGCGAGGCUUGCUCCGCCCCCUGGCUGAGCCGCGUAUCCCUGCGCGCGCGAGCCCGAGAGCGAGAGGGGCGGCGGAGGCGUCUCCCCGCGCGCCUGCGCGAGAGUGCGCGAGUGUCUGUGUGUGGCGCGGCCCCGUCAGCUGGUCCGUCUCCGUCGCCUCCUCGCCCGGCCGCCUCAGCAGCCGCCGCCAUGAAGUUCGUCUACAAGGAGGAGCACCCGUUCGAGAAGCGCCGCUCGGAGGGCGAGAAGAUCCGGAAGAAGUACCCGGACCGAGUCCCGGUGAGUCCGAGAGGAGCGCGCGAGGAGGAGGGAAGAGGAAAAAAGAGGACCCCCCCCAAAUCCCGGCACAGUAUCCCUCCGCCCCGGAGAGAUGAUCAUCAUAAUAAUAAUUUAUUAUUUAUACCCCGCCCAUCUGGCUGGGUUUCCCCAGCCUCUCUGGGCAGCUUCCAACAAAGCCCUAAAAUACAAUAACCUGUUCAACAUGAAAAGCUUCCCUAAAGAGGGCUGCCUUCAGAUGUCUUCUAAAAGUCUGGUGGUUGUUUACUUCCUUGACAUCUGGUGGGAGGGCAGGGGCCACCACCGAGAAGGCCCUGUGUCUGGUUCCCUGUAACUUGGCUUCUCACAGGGAGGGAACUGCCAGAAGGCCCUCGGAGAGAGACCCCUUUGCCCCCUUCCUCGCUUUAAUGCCCCCUCCUCCCCCCUUUCUCCCCGCUCUGAUCCAAAAGGGGAUUUCCGACCCCGCAAAAGCCUCCCUUUUGCUUCCCUUUUUUUGGCGCCGCCCUCCAGUGUCUUACAAAGCGCUCCGGGCGGCUUACAAAACAAAGGGCGGCGGACAGCGAUCACUGGAAUAUGUGAUCCUCACGCUCCACCGGCUGGAGAGGGGGGGAAAACGGACCCCCAAAGUCCUGUUUCCUCCCUCCCCCCCCCCACCAGCUGCUGCUUUUGUUGUUUUUUUGGUGCUGCCCCCAUAGUGCAUUAAACUUCCCCGGGCGGCUUACAAAAAAAUAGUAAUAGUAAUAUAUGCACCGUUCAUUAAAGGCUUCCAGGGCAAAGAGAAGUUCCAGGGAGGGGAAACCCCCACCCCUUGUUUUGUUCACGCAGACGCCCCUCCCCACUUUGCAAAACAAGGACAGCUUUAAAAUAUGUAAAGAUCGGGGCUCCUUUGGGAGGAAGGGCGGGAUUUCGAGAUAAGUCCUGCAGGCUGGAGAGCGGCGCAAAGGGAGCAAAAGCACGACUUCCGCACCUCCCUCAAAGUUUACUUGUGAGCAGACAAACAACAAGCGGAAGUGAUCUCCUUGGUGCCGAGGGAGGAUAGUAUUGGUGGGGAAGGGGGUGGCUUCUUCUCUGGAGUAAACAGGGAUUGGGUUACCCUUGAAAAUACGGAAAGGGACUUGGGGCACGUUGAAGGCCAGCGACGUUUGUCACAGGAUGGAAAGGGUCCUGGAAGCGGACGCCGGCCGUGGCCCACCUGGUAUCUUCCAGAUGUUGGGCUGCAGCUCCUGUUAGGCAGGCACCACGUUGGCAAAAUGUGCUUGCCUUGCCCUGUUGUUCUGGCUACAGCAGCCUAACGCAGUUACCCCAAGAAAUUGGGACUUUCUUUUUAAACAGGCUUGCACUACUGUGUGCUGUGAUUCCCAGGUAACUGCAGCCGUGCAGUGCAGUUCUGGUACACCCAGCAGGCCCCACUUCUUGAAAAGAGUGUCUUCGCCUGCAGGCUUAAGAUUUGCUCCCAAAGAGGAUGGUCCCACACGAGUUUGUGGGAUUUAGGCUGGAGUAAAUGUGCUCGCAGGGACGCGGGUGGCGCUGUGGGUUAAACCACAGAGCCUAGGACUUGCGGUUCGAAUCCCUGCGACGGGGUGAGCUCCCGUUGCUCAGUCCCUGCUCCUGCCAACCUAGCAGUUCAAAAGCAUGUCAAAGUGCAAGUAGAUAAAUAGGUACCGCUCCGGCGGGAAGGUAAACGGCGUUUCCGUGCGCUGCUCUUGUUUGCCAGAAGCGGCUUAGUCCUGCUGGCCACAUGACCCGGAAGCUGUACGCUGGCUCUCUCGGCCAAUAAAGCGAGAUGAGCGCCGCAACCCCAGAGUCGGCCAUGACUGGACCUAAUGGUCAGGGGUCCCUCUACCUUUAAAUGUGCUCGCAGAAUCCUUUUUCAUACGCCUCUUUUGCCAGACGUAUGAAGCGUUGCCAUAUGUACAUGUUUUAUGCGUACAGAGAACAGCCAUGGGGAACAGUGGCAAUAACACUGUGGCCAGAGAACGGGAGCUUUCCUUUCCUCCUCAUUUUGAUUUAUGGCCUGCCCUAAAUUCAGGAGACUCGAGACAGGUUGUAUACUUCCUUUCUGAAGCUCUCUCCUUUAUAAUCGCCACCGAUACGCUCUACAGAGUACAGUUGCGUUCGGGAACUGGAGGCAGAAGUGGGUCUUGAAGGAAGUGAGGGAGAUGGCAUCACAGAUGAAUUUUGGGAGGCGGUGCUUUGCUUUGUGGUGUCAUCCCUCCCUCCCCCUUCUUCUGGGUGGUUAUGGUGGAAAACAGCCUUGCCACACAGUCAGAAUGGCCUGGUCUGAGGCCCUUAUCGCUUUGCCUGAUGGUUUUGCAGAAAUGAAAGCAGAGCUUCCCCCCCCACCAACGCACGAUGUCUGAGAAUCUCUUCCUCUCCAUUUUGCAACCCUGUAACGGCACAGGAACCUUUCCAGGGGAACAAAAUGGAACGUCCUGAUUACCUAAUGUGGGCCAAGAUGACGUAGUGGUUAGAGCAGGGGUCAGCAAACUUUUUCAGCAGAGGCCCACUGUCCCUCAGACCAUGUGGUGGGCCGGACUAUAUUUUUUUUUAGGGGGGGGGGAAAUGAACUAAUUCCUAUGCCCCACAAAUAAUGCAUCAGAGAUGCAUUUUAAAUAAAAGGACACAUUCUACUCAUGUAAAAACACCAGGCAGGCCCUACAAAUAACCCAGGGAUGCAUUUUAAAUAAAAGCACACAUUCUACUCAUGUAAAAACACGCUGAUUCCCGGACCGUCUGCUGGCCGGAUUCAGAAGGCAAUUGGCUGGAUCCGGCCCCCGGGCCUUAGUUUGGUGACCCCUGGGUUAGAGCGUUGGACUAGGACAUGGGAGACCAGGGUUCAAAUCCCCACUCAGCCAUUAAGCUCCCUGGGUGAUCUUGAGCCAGGCACUCUCCCUACCUCACAGGGUCGUUGUGGCACCAACCUCAAGCUCCUCAGAGAAAAGGGUUGGAUAGCAAUGUAAUGAGUAUAUAAUGUGAGGGAGGGAGAAGCUAGAGGCCUUAUUCCAGGCCCAUCUUUUUCUAAUGGGGGACCCUUAACAUAGAUCAGAGUGAUGCUUCCCCUGGUUCCCGACUGCUCUCCCCAAGCCAUUGCUGUCUGGGACAUAUCUAUCUCGACUCUGUCGUUAAUAAAAAUAAUAUUUAUAUCCUCCCUCCCCAGCCGAAGCCGGGCUCAGAGCGGCUAACAUGUUAUCCCCAUGUUGCCAAUGUUGUUUAUCCCACACAGCCUUUGCCAACCUGGUGCCCCUCCAGAUGUUUUGGAGUGCAACUCCCACCAGAGGCUGAUGGGACCUGUAGUCCAAAACAAACCUGGAGGGCUCCCGGUUGACGGAAGGUUUCCUCGUGGCUUCUGGUAUCUGAGUCCUUGAACUCGUCCCUGACUAACAUAGAAAAGAAAAACAAAAGUAGCCUUACAAGCAAAGGUGCAGUUGGAGCAACCUUAGGGCCUCAUACGCAGGUUACAGAGGCUCUGGACUCUUUCCCAGGCUUUCUCAGCUGUGUUGCAUGAAGGUUUUGACAAACGGAAAGCUUUUUGAUUCCCCCACCCCGAAAAAGGUGGGUGAUCUGUCAGACUUGGAAUGAAGGAUUCCCCCUUCUUCUAGCCAAGGAUCUCAUCUUUUUAUGAGCUGCCUGGCUGACAAGGAUUCAUUCAGCAGGUGGUGAUGCUUCCCUUUCCUGCUGCUGCCCCAGCCUGGGGAUGCAUGACAGGGAGAGAUACACCUGUUUAAUUUCUGCCUGUCUGUUAUUUGUUAGAAGCACAAGAGCUCGGCUACUGAAAGGAAAACUUGGCAAUCUUUCGCAGAAGGCAAAAGGCUGCCUUAAGCAGGUUGCUUGGGAGGAGGUGCGCUGGGACUGACGUCCUAAGAAGUCCUAAAAAUCUCUGGUGACAUUUAAUCAUCUCAGGGAGCCUCUUGCCUUCCCCUGUGUGCAAAUGUUUAACUUUUCUUUCUUUCUUUCUCUUCUGAGAAUAGUUGUGAAUGAGGCUGUCCCUGCCGCCUCUCGGUUUGUUUGCUUUCCUUGCAACCUUUACACUUAGCCAAGCAGAGGAAAUUCCUGGGCAGGAUUCAGGACAUAUAAAAGGAAGUUAAACUUUGCAGCUCACCAACUUGAAUGGCUUAAAAGAGGAUUAGGCAAAUUCAUGGCACAGGAGAGGACUGUUGACAGCUACUAGUUAUGAUGGCUAUGCUUUACUUAUACUGUUGGAGGCAGGCAGCAGUGCUUCCGAAUGCCAGCUGCUGGAAACCACAGGAGGGGAGAGGGCUCUUGUGUUCGAAUCCUGCUUGCAGGUUUGCCACAGUGAGAACAGGAUCCUGGACUGAAUGGGUCAUUGGCCUGAUCCAGCGGGCUCUUCCGUACUAAACCUGACCUCUGCUUUGGACCGGUGUUCUGAGGCUCUGUCCUUCUGAAACAGUCCCCCAUCUUCUCAAGGCCUCCCAUGAUUCAUGCUGUCUCAGCCCUGCUGUGACCGGCUUUCCAACUUCCCACUGUCACCAGCAAAAGCUUCUCUCGGCAGGCCGGCCGGCCGGCCUCGCCUCUUCCUCGAAUAACUCGUCCGGUUGCUCAACCGUUCCUGUAAUUAGGAAAUGUUUUGGUGCUCCUGCGUGAACUCUUUCUCUCUGCCCUUCGCUGACCCAACCUCUGUUUCUCUCUCAACUUUGCAGGUCAUUGUGGAAAAGGCGCCCAAGGCCCGGAUAGGAGACCUGGACAAGAAGAAAUACCUUGUCCCGUCAGACCUCACAGGUACGCACUCAGUUGGAUGGCCCAGGGCCCAGCCUGAGGAUUGGGGCAGCUGGCUGUAGGAGGGAGUAGUAGGGGGGGUCAUCUCCUUCAUCCUUUGGUAAGGGGAGGGGGCAAGAUGUCCGCACAUCGGAGGGUCAAGUGAAGUGCUGGAUGAAGCUGUCUGGGCAAGCCCCAUUGAUUUUGGAGACCUAGGUUUGUGGCACCUGAUGAAACGGGUGUAUCUCGUUGGCAUGUCAAGAUCUCGCCUCAAUCUCUGUAGUUUUAUUCUGCUCCUUCAGCUAACAGAUCCGUUCUCCCCCUUUCUCUCCCCCAGUUGGGCAGUUCUACUUCCUGAUCCGAAAAAGAAUCCAUCUCCGAGCAGAGGACGCCCUCUUCUUCUUCGUCAACAAUGUCAUCCCCCCAACCAGCGCCACCAUGGGGCAGCUUUACCAGGUGGGUGUGCCUUAGGCCUGCUGCACAGGUUUUUGUUGUUGUUUUUUUAAGAAAAUGUGCAUCGCUUGAGAAGUGACACUCUGCAACAGUCUUUGAAAUGUUCAAUUAAUGGGUAACAAACAGGUUGGAAAAGAACAAAACAAACUAGGGGAAUUAAAAGAGAGGGGUUGAACCAGCUGCAGCAUUCAGAAGGGAAAAGGGGGGGGGAAGGAAUUGCCACACCACCCCUGCCAAAACCAAAGCGUGGAGCAAAUUUGUAUUACUAUGUGUGGGAGUGGAGAGGUAGCGGUGAAUUAGGGUUGAAUUACCUGCUGGCGACCUUUAGUCCACUGAGCCUGGUAUCUGUUUCUUAUGUGGACUACAACUCCCAUCAGCUGGACUGGUGGGACUUGUUGUUAUAUUCUUCUCCACCCAUCAUGAAAGCAACUGCAGGCCAAAGAAGAGGGUGGGUCAUUAAAACUGCAAGUGGUGGUAUUCAAUGCCAGUCUUGUUGUGAGUAGACCCAUUAAAGGUUAUGGGCAUAUUAAUUAAAGCCCAUGCCAUUCAAUUCAAUUCACUGCUAGCAUUGAACACCACCCUGCACCUGAGCUGUCAAAGGCCAGGGCAGAGGGGUGUUUUCAGCAUGUGUUGCAAGCUGCACAGUGAAGGUGCCUGGCACAUCUCUCUGGGGAGGGAGUUCCCCUCCUCUGGAGCUGCCACAGACCAGGCUCCCUCCUGGGCCGCCACCCCCUGAACUUCUCAGGGCAGUGGAACUACCAAAUGCUUGGGAAGUAAAUAAUAAUAAUAAUAUAAUUUAUAUCCCGCCCAUCUUGCUGGGUUCCCCCAGCCACUCUGGGCGGCUUACAACAUAUAUAAAAACACAGCAAAGCAUCAAGCGUUAAAAAACGAAAUAUCCUAUAUGAGCAACAAAUAGAAACCAAUAAUAACAGCAUAGUAAAGGUAAAGGGACCCCUGACCAUUAGGUCCAGUCGUGGCCGACUUGGGUUGCGGCACUCAUCUUGCUUUAUUGGCCGAGGGAGCCGGCGUACAGCUUCCGGGUCAUGUGGCCAGCAUGACUAAGCCGCUUCUGGCGAACCAGAGCAGCGCACGGAAACGCCGUUUACCUUCCUGCCGCAGUGGUACCUAUUUAUCUACUUGCACUUUGACGUGCUUUCGAACUGCUAGGUUGGCAGGAGCAGGGACCGAGCAACGGGAGCUCACCCCGUCGCGGGGAUUCAAACCGCCGACCUUCUGAUCGGCAAGCCCUAGGCUCUGUGGUUUAACCCACAGCGCCACCCGCAUCCCAAUAACAACAUAAUAACAAUAUUAAUAAGGUGAUAGAGACACCAUGUGGUGCAUUUUCACGAGCAACAUCAGGAAUGUAGUUUAGUCUGGAACUUGUGAUUUGAGAUUGUGUUCUAGGAGGGUAGACUUGACACUUGUCUUGUGCUGGAACCGCAGUUUCCACCAACUGGAACUGGAUGCAGAAGUCAUACACUUAGAAUUAAAUACAAUGGUGUUUCUUUGUAACUGCUGAAAGAGUACCAGGAGGAGGACUCUGCAAAGUAGAGGGCUCCGGCUGGUCUACUCUGAACUAGCAGAAAGGCUUAAGAUUUGAACCUUGGCACUCUUGUCCCUGGGCUCUGCCUGCUUGUACCCCUGCCCAAAUUAUGCCUUGACUCCAGUGUUUUCUCUUCCGUCCCCCUUUCCAGGAACAUCACGAGGAGGACUUCUUCCUGUACAUUGCCUACAGCGAUGAGAGCGUCUAUGGCAGCGUGUAAGGCGUGCCUCCACCUGCUGCCACCAGGGGGCAUGUGCUCCUGAAGGGACCUGCACUUUUUGUUGUUGUUUGUUGUUGAUUUUAUGUUAAAGAGCCUUUUUGUCCCAGGGAAGGGGCGGGUCUUUCUUUCUUUCCUUCCUUCCUUCUCUCUUAUCCUUUAAACCUCCUUCCCUUAUGCCUAAUCACACUUCUUCCUCCCGUUCCCCUCCCCUCGCUCUGGGCUUUCUUUGAGGUGGUUGUGGCUAAAAUAAAAUACCUCUUUUUCUUUUGGUGGUUCCCCCCCUUAUCUCCCUCCCAUAUACCAUUUUCCCCUUUCUCUCUCUCUUCCCCACCCCCAUUUUUUUUUAAGGGGUAAGAGGCCUCAAAUACUGAACAGGAAAAAAAACUUCCUCCCCCAUUUCAGUCUUGCAUCUUCACUACCGCGCCCUGAGUUUGCUCCUAUCAGGGCUGUGCUCUGCCUGGCAGUUUCUGUAACCAGAGGGGAUGGGGAAUGCUAAUUAAAAAUAUAUAUAUAAAGAGAAAUUUUG